CGUGCGCCGAGCGCUCAACCUCGGAGGACUUGGCCCAGAGUAACCCGGCUCGCGUGAGCUUUCCCCUCUAUUCCGCACCUACCCCCGGCACGCCCUGAGAGCCCGCGGCGGUUGGGCGCUUGCUGCCCGCCCCUCUUCCUCCCUGCUGAGCUUCGGCUCACCCCCUCCCGGCCCCUGCGCGCGGCUCCUCGUCAUGGCGGCCCUCAGCAAGUCCAUCCCUCAUAACUGCUACGAGAUCGGCCACACUUGGCACCCUUCCUGCGGGGUCUCCUUCGUGCAGAUCACCAGGGGCGCCCUGGAGGAGUCCCUGAAGAUCUAUGCCCCCCUAUACUUGAUUGCAGCAAUUCUCCGGAAACGAAAAUUAGAUUAUUAUUUACACAAACUGCUCCCUGAGAUCCUACAAUCUGCUUCAUUUCUGACUGCUAAUGGGGCCUUGUUUAUGGCUUUCUUUUGCAUUUUAAGGAAGAUACUUGGAAAAUUCUACUCAUGGAGUCCCGGCUUUGGUGCCGCUUUACCAGCUUCUUAUGUGGCCAUUCUAAUUGAGAGAAAAAGCAGGAGAGGGCUGCUCACAAUUUAUAUGGCCAACUUGGCCACAGAAACACUAUUUAGAAUGGGUGUAGCAAGAGGAGCCAUCACAACGUUAAGAAAUGGAGAAGUCCUUUUAUUCUGCAUCACAGCUGCCAUGUACAUGUUCUUUUUCAGGUGCAAAGAUGGUUUGAAAGGAUUUACAUUCUCUGCACUUAGGUUCAUUGUUGGGAAGGAAGAAAUUCCCACACAUUCUUAUUCACCAGAGGCGGCAUAUGCAAAAGUGGAACAAAAGACUGAGAAACAUGAGGAAAAACCAAGAGGAACGAAUAUAAUUGCUCUAGUCAGGAAGCUUGUGGAUUCAGUAUGUAAGCAUGGACCAAGGCAUAGAUGUUGCAAACACUAUGAGGAUAAUUGCAUCUCUUAUUGCAUUAAAGGUUUUAUCAGAAUGUUUAGCGUGGGAUACUUGAUCCAGUGCUGCCUCCGGAUUCCCUCUGCAUUUAGGCAUCUGUUUACACAGCCAUCCCGGCUACUUUCUCUCUUCUACAAUAAAGAAAACUUCCAGCUCGGAGCUUUUCUGGGCUCUUUUGUUAGUAUAUACAAGGGUACUAGUUGCUUCCUGCGCUGGGUCAGAAAUCUGGAUGAUGAACUGCAUGCCAUUAUAGCUGGAUUUUUGGCGGGAGUAUCAAUGAUGUUUUAUAAAAGCACAACAAUUUCCAUGUAUUUAGCUUCCAAAUUGGUAGAGACAAUGUAUUUCAAAGGCAUUGAAGCAGGAAAGGUUCCCUAUUUUCCCCAUGCAGACACUAUCAUCUAUUCCAUCUCUACGGCAAUUUGCUUCCAGGCAGCUGUCAUGGAAGUUCAGACCUUGCGACCAUCUUACUGGAAGUUCCUUUUAAGGCUCACCAAGGGCAGAUUUGCCGUCAUGAACCGAAAAGUCCUUGACGUUUUUGGUACUGGUGCAUCUAAACACUUUCAGGACUUCAUCCCUAAGUUGGAUCCAAGAUACACAAUUGUAACACCAGAGUUGCCCAUCGAGUUUUCUUGAAGAUGACUGUAACUUAUUAAUGUGACUUAAUGUUUCAUUAUUUUGUCCUAGAGAGUUAAUUAUGUUGAACACAAAGAAGGGGGCCCGAGCUUGAACGUCAGUGUUAUUUCAAUAAGAGACGCUCUUUUUUUUGUUUUUCUUACCAAUCAGAAAUACAGAAGCUUUUUAGGAAAGUGUUGCUUAAUAAUUAAGCUCCCUCUAUAGCCAGAAUCUCAUUCUGGAUCACUGUAAUGGUUGACAUUAUGAUAUAUUAUUAUCAAUUAAAUUAUGUCCACAGCAAUAUUAAAUAAUCUAUGUAGAAAUAUAGUAACAAAUAAGAGUAUACUUAAAAUUACUUUAAAAGAUGUUUUACUUCAUUCCAAUAUAAUUCUUGGUUAAAACUAAGAAUAUUUCUACAUUUUAGGAUACAAAGGAUCACGGGUACAUGGAUUUGGUCUGUAUUUUUUUUUUUUUUUUAACUUCUGAAUUGGUAACUAUAGUAGUGAAAUGUUAUGGGUAUGGAGUAACUCUUCACAGACAAUGCUGCUUUAUUUAGUAUAGAGCAAAUUAAUUGGAGAAAGUGGCCAUUCUUACUUCAGGGAUGCAAAGACGGGUCUCAUACUGUUUGGAUAAAUGCUGUGGUAUCCGUGCUCUUUUUCCACUGAUACCUUCAUCUCUCUCCAUGAUCAGAUGGGUUCUUUGGCAGCCCAGUGAACCUAUGUAUUAGUGGCAGGUUAGGAGCAAAUGGAAAUUGACAUAUCUGAUAAAGUUGAAACGUAUGUUUUAAUCUUUUACAGAAUCAUUACACUUGAAUAUUCAAAAACAAAUGAAGUUACAUUUAAACCUCCUGUAGGUUUAUUAUGUUUGUUUUCAUUUAUAAGGGCUGAAUUCUUCAUAGCUAAGUUUGUAUGCUGUUGUCGAUUUAGAAGGGAUCAAAUUCUAUGGAACAAAAGUAGUUUGGGCAAGUUUGGCAGUUUGUUCCCUCAGCUGUUUCACCUAUACGGAUGUUUGACAACUAAAAACAUUCUAAAAAUCCAGUGGCGGUUUAAAAGUCCACUUCAUAAUUGGAUGCAGGUUCUCUAGCCUCUUUUCAAAAAAUCAUUAUCGUCACUUUUACUCAUGUUAGAGCAAAGAAGUGACAAAUGUAGUCACUGCUGAUUAUGAGUUAGUUCAGGACAGCUUUGAUUGAAAUAUGAUCACUCUUUAGAGUUUUUCAGGGACAAGUUAUUCUUUUCUAAGUUAAUGCAAGGCUUAAGUGGUUGUGAUAUGUUACAUUACAAUUAAUGUAACAUAUAGGGAUAAUGGUAUAUUUUUUUAAUAUAAUUUUGUUGCUGAAAAGUUUUAGGCUGCUGUAAAUUAAUUAUGCAGUAGAACUUGUGUAGCAAUAAGAAUUAUAACCCAGACUUUUUAAAUGCUUAAUCCUCCGUAUUCAAUUUCAUCAAGCCUUGUAUACUUCUGUUUACAGGUAAUUCUAACCUUGGUUGUUAUGGCAGAUUGAAACCAAACAGAAAAAAAGAGUAUCAGCGAGAGCCAGUUUAAUUAGGCCAAAAUUUUGCAGUGUGAUUAGCUUUUUAGGAUUGACUUGUCUGUUAGGCAAUACUGUUAAAGGAUCCUUUUGGCUUCAGACUUCCAAAAUGAUUAAUAAAUUCAGUUUUAAGUUUUUAUUCACUGGAAUCAAAAUGGUGAUUAGUACUUUGUUUACUUUUAAAAAUGAAGUAUUAUAGCAGUGAAGACAGCAUUGCUACUUGCAUCUCAUUUUCUCUAUUCAGAAAUUAUGUUUAUAAUAUUUUUCCUGUCAGUUAAACAGAAAACUUUUUAAUCCAUAAGUUAUUAUUUUCAUUCAGAUUAAAAGACUAUGAAAUUGAAAGACAAAUUCUACUGAGGUAUGAUGAGAUUGUUUAGUGAAAUUUUACUGGUCAAAAGGUGCAUUCCUAUGAUUUAUUUUUUUUUAACACAAGCUAUAGUCAUCUUUUAUUUUAUAGAAAGUAUGAAAUGAAAUAACCAUCAUGAAGCAGAGUCAUACAAUGAAUGUAUAGCUGGAAUGAACAGUUAACUAGUUUGCAGUGGUGAAUAGAAAAGGACAAUUUGAUUUCAUCGGGACAGACUGCAAAGUAUCGAGCAAACACAAAGAAACUGUGUGUGUAUUCCUGAAUUCAAUCAAAAUGAAUGUGUUUCUACCUCUAACUAACCAGGUAUGGAUUGGCAACUUGGCAUCAUAAAUAAAGUCAAAUA